GUAUGAACGCUAAAAACACUCUCACCCCUUUGGCACUGCUAGCAACGAGCGACGCGUCAACGACGCGUUCCGUUCCGCACUGCAAGCGCAAACACUGAAGAACGCUGUAUUGUUUUCAUUAACGAAGUGGUGCGCGAUCUAGAAAUUACAGUUUCGUUGAUUACAUGGAAGCGUUCCAGUGUGUCGCGUCGCGUCGCGUCGCAUCGCUCACUUGCAGUGUAGAUGGGAUGUCAGACAUAUACAGUAGUUACAGUAUUAUGUACAGUGAUUCUAAACCUGUGACACUGUUGUGUUGACUACAUUUCCCACGCAACCAUGCGCCCUUUAGCAUCCACACAGCUGGAGUAGACGCCUACGUAAAUAUCCUCGUUUAAAGGCUUCCGACAGCUACCCAAGAUCGAUUACUGUAUAACGUGAGAGAGAAUUGAACAAACAGAUUAAUUGACCGAUGCAUCUCAUUACAGACAGUCUUAUCAGGUCGUCGCUGAAUUAUUUACUACAGAUCGAUGCAGGUGCACGAUGGAUUAAAUGGAGCAGUGUGUGUGAGAGAGAGACUGUCGAUGGAUCGUGGGAGUAAUCCUCACAUGUACGAGAGAAAUGGAUAAACCUUGUUAAACGAGAGAUUCCGUGGCUUCAAUACGAGAUAACAUUUCUGUUCUAGGUGGUCUGGACUGCUUUGAGAAAUGCCAGUGAUGGGAACAGUUUUACAGGAGAAUCAGAAUAAGCUUGUUUCAUUUGAUCAGCCAAAAACUAAAGGGUUGGGACAUGCACCAAGAAAGAAAAGCACACAGGCAUCUUUGCAUCCACCACAUAACAGUGGCAUCAGGCUGUCAUCUGAAACUGACUCUCAUCAAAGGUUAAGAAGGACAAGACCUAAUAAAAUGUCGAUCAUGGAGGACCCCACAGACAGGCAGCACAACACCAAGAUCAAAUCUUAUAUGUCUUCCAAACAUGGACAGAAGGAAAGGCAACAAAGACAAAACUGCAAUGGUGGUAAAGAGAGAGUUAACCUCAGUAAGAAUUCAAGUCUAAAGCCUGUAUACCCUCUAUCUGUAAAAGUGAAGAGAGAGGACUCAGAGUGCAGAACUGAUGGUGAGGGCACUACACUUCAAAAUAAACAAGGAGAAGAGGACUCGGACAGUGCUAGUGACCUGUCUGAUUCUGAAAGAUGUUCAGUGCUUCCGCCUCGCAUCGCUCCUCCUGAUCUCAACUUACGUGCAGAGGUCAUAGAUCCAUCAGACUUUCAUCCCCUACGACUGGCUUGUCGAGGACGCAACAAUUCCAGUGGCAGCUAUCCAGACUUCUUACCACCUCCUUUCAAUUCUUGGAGUAUGAAGCAGCUAGCUGUGUACUUGAACACAGAUGGCAAAGGCAUUCCUCGCCCAAAACCCAUAGGGCACCUGGAGAGAUACCUGGACCGCCUAUUACAAAUGGAAUGGCACCAGAUUCAGACCGUCCAAGAGGACAGCAGAAAAUCCAAUGCCCCGAUACCAAACGUUCGGCAUCGACCUCAUACAUAUUCUCUUUCCAGCCUCAGCUCUCCUAAAUGUAUCCUCCAGUGCCAGCGCGCCUUUCCUUUGGCAUUACUGUCCUCUUUGGCCUAUGCUCCCACUCUCCAGCUUCCAAGUUGUACCUGUCCACAUUGCCAGAAUCUAUACCCCAUCUUGAAUGGAUCAUGCCGCUAUUAUGCCUACCACCACCACCACACACGGUUAAUUCCAUUUCUAGAUAAGAGGGGCCAGGCCUCAGGUUUACCUAAAAGGAGCAGCAGUGAGAGCAGAGCUCAUCAGUUUGAAGCAAGACACGGAUCUCGUGAGCACAGACUAAGUGACCCUCUGAGCGAGAGUAGCCACUUGAGGCGCAUGCAGGCAAUCGGUAACAUUCGCAAUCCUGUUGGUUCCACCUACAAUCCUGACCAUGUUUCUAGUACAGCGAUUACAGCCAGUACUGCCAGUCUUGGUGAUGUAAAAAAGAGAAGGCCAGGGCAGAGGAGUCGUUCCUGUGUGGGUAUAAGGGAGGUUGGAUAUAGGGCAAGAGGACGGAGUGAGCAAAGGAAGAAUUUUGAUAAAACAGAACAGGACUCAAAAUUAACUGGUGCUAUAAGUUCCAGUGGUUUACAUAACUCAAAAGACUCUGUUACUUGUCGGCUGAACAGGAGGCAGAAGCGGGUUGAAUUUGUCACAAAAUAACAGAAGGACUACAGUGAAAUACAGUUGCCUGAAAACUUAAUCCACGCAUAGAAUGUCCUUGCAUUAGAUAACAAACCAAGUAGCACCUGCAAUGAAUGGAUGCUAGCUAUAACUUUUUUUCAGAAAUGACUUAACUUUUCUCUUUGCAACUUUUUUUAACCAGAUGGUCUUAAGGUCAUUUUUAGUGGAUGUAUGAGGUCAGUUCGCCUCAAAUUUACACAGGUGUUCUAGCAGAGGAUCCACAAGACAUGUUCCACUAAUGUCCAAUUCUUCAUAUUUAAUUUUGAACAAUAUAUCAACAAACUUCUUUUGAGAAAGUGUUGCUUUUUUCUUUUGAGAAGUGUUGCUUAUUUGUCCAAAUACAUUUUGGGGUCACUGUAUGUAUGUUUAUUACACUUCACUUCUUCUUAUGCAGAAUAUGUUGUCUGUUUAUGACUGCAUUAAGUUUUAACCCAAUUUAAAUUUAGAUUUAAGAACUGUCUAAGCAUGCUUUCAUUUUCCCAUGUUUGUUUUUACGUAUUUGUUUUUCCAAAUGGUUUCUUACAUGAAUGUACAUGGUCGUUAAUGUUUCUCUCUCUCUCUCUCUCUCUCUCUCUGUAUAGUAUAUACAUACUGUACAUAUAUUACUUGUGCCACAUUUAUAAAAGGAAGAUAAAUAAUUGGAUUUAUGCAGCCUUAAAUAUGUAUUUCCAGUAAUUGUUUUAAACAUUUCCAUUAUUUCUUCACUGUAAUUUAAAAUGGCAAUAUAGUUUUUUUAUUUUCUCUAAAAUGAUUUCACUGAGGUUCAAUUGUCAGCAGGUGUGAUUUGAAAUCUGUUAUUGUGGUCCGUUUUAAUGUGUUUUAGAUUAAUAAAUAAACAAUUGUUAUUCCUGUAAUAUUUGUUCUCUAGGGGAGACCAGGUUAGUUGUCACAAGGGCUAUAUCUUAGUAACUGGUUUGAUUGCACAAAUUGUUGGGUAAACAAGUGAACAUAAAACUAAACUGGCAUAAGUAAGGGUCAACUACAUGUUGGUAGAUUUUAUUUGAAAGGUUUAACUGUGUUCUCAGGACAAGUAUCAGGUUCAGGUCAGUUGCCACAUGCAUUUUAAAAGUUAUAAAUGUAUACUGUUCAAUUUAUUAAAGUAUCUA